AUGAUUCAAAACAAAAACGGGAGCACAUCUGGGAACACAGAAGAGGAUGUUAGGAUCAGUACUGAUGAUGAUUUUACAAGCAUUGUACAAGGAACAGUCAUUUGUUUAAAUGUACCUGAAUUAUUUGAGUUCGGAAUUGAUAAUUAUUCGCAUCGUCUGGGAAAAGAAUUCCGAAGCAUUAAUCAAAUUCCUCUCGACAUUCCACACUUGAUGUAUUAUAAUAGAAUUGAUCAUGACAAGUUCGGGAGUGGCCAAGGACCAAGAAUAAGCUUUUUUCAUAUUUUCACAAGAGAACAUCCAAUAUUGAUUUUAAUGUUUGAUGAGAAUGAAGAAGAUUUUUCAAUUCUCUCGAGGGACAAUGAUCCCAAGUUUCGAGAGGUUGAAAGUCAAUACAAAAGUGGAUUAUUCUUCAAACAAAUAGCUCCAUAUUCUGAAGAUAUGAAAAGAAAUUGGCCAGAGCUUGUUUCAUUCAUUGAUGAUCAAUUCUUGCAAAGAAUUGAGCCAAUUCAUAGAAAAAUUACUUCUACUCUACAUCAAGAGGAACAAGAAAAUCAUAUAGAUAAGAAAUCAAACACAAUUUAUUACACUCAUAUUCCUCAAAAGCUCAAUCGAAAAGGCCUCAGUCCUGAGCAAAUUACCAAGCUUAACUUUGAUAAGUCUCAAUUGCUGGAAGAAAUUCUACAAUCUUUCGUAAAACGUGGUUGCUCAAUGGAACGGGCGACUAAAGAGCUAUUGGCAGAAAUGCAAUUUUCCUUUAUUUGCCUUCUUCAUGGACAGUGUCUGCAUGGGCUAAACCAAUGGAAAAAACUUGUGCAUUUGUUUUGCAACUGUGAAGAUGCUCUUUUAGAAAGAAACGACAUUUUUAUUUCAUUUGUUAGUAUUUUACGAUGUCAAUUUCAAAUGCUUCCAAGAGAUUUCAUUCAAGAUUUAGUAGAGCAUGAUUUUGAUCCCAAUGAAGAGGAAUUAUUGGAGAUGACAUCUUCGAGCACUUUAGAAAAGAAAGAACAAGCUCAACACAAGCAAAAACCAAAAUUAAGCAAACGAGACCACUUUCUUCAAAAGACUGUUCUUCAACUCUUUCUUACCGUUAGAUCUAUUGAGGAGGAUGACGAAAUUGUAAAGCCAGCAUCUUGGUUUUUAUUUUGUAAAAUUGUACGUAAAUUCAAAGAGUUUUUGGAGGCGGAGUUUGAAGGAUGCAAGGAAAUGUUGGAUGAAGACGAAGAAGAUGAACCUGCCUAUGUAUAUAAUUAA